AUGGAAAGCUGUCUAAAUGAGAUUGACUUUGUCAUUCUGGAGGAAGGUGUCAUUGCUCAGGAUGUCAUUGCCCAGAAGAUCAAUGAGAAAAAACCCACAGAUGACACAGAUGCCUUCUACGUUGCUGACCUUGGUGAAAUUAUAAACCAACACCUGCAGUGGCAGAAGGCGCUGCCUCGAGUCAAGCCUUUCUAUGCUGUGAAAUGCAAUGACAACAAACCGGUGGUUUGGACUCUUGCUCAGUUAGGGACCGGCUUUGACUGUGCCAGUAAGAAUGAGAUUGCAUUGGUGCAAGAUCUUGGGGUCCUCCCAGAGAGAAUUAUUUAUGCAAACACCUGCAAGGAGAUAUCUCAUGUUAAAUUUGCUGCCGCCCAUGGGAUCCAGAUGAUGACAUUCGAUAAUAAGGAUGAAAUUUCCAAAGUUGCACGGAUCCAUCCCACAGCUAAGAUGGUUCUUCGCAUUGUCACAAAUGAUGCUUUGUCGUGUAUUCCCCUGAGUGUGAAGUUUGGGGCAACUUUAAAUGAAUGCAGACAGCUGAUGGAAUGUGCUAAAACCUUGAGUGUAGACAUCAUUGGUGUCAGUUUCCAUGUUGGGAGUGGCUGUAUGAAUCCGCAGGUAUUUGCUCAAGCCAUAGCAGAUUCACGUCGAGUCUUUGAAAUUGGGACGAGCCUUGGAUUUAACAUGAAUCUGCUUGAUAUUGGUGGUGGUUUCCCAGGCAUGGACAAUGACAAAAUAACAUUUGAGAAGAUUACAGCAGUAAUCAAUCCUGCACUGGACCAUCACUUCCCUGCAGCAAGUGGAGUCAAGAUAAUUGCUGAACCAGGCCGUUAUUACGCAACAUCAUCAUUCACACUGGCUGUGAAUAUCAUUGGUAGAAAGAUUAUUCAUAGAGCUUCAACUGACUCCGAUGAUAAACAGAGGACUGUAAAAACCAUAAUGUACUAUUUAAACGAAGGUCUGCAUGGGUCUUUUGAUUACUGUGAAUUGCCAUAUUAUCUAUCAAAACCAAUACUAUUUAAGAAACUCUGCCCUGACCAACAACUGUUUAACACAAAGGUUUGGGGACCUACCUGUGAUGCAUGGGAUUGCAUCACUGAUCAAUGGAAGCUGCCUGAACUGCAGAUUGGAGAAUGGCUGCUCAUCCAAAACAGAGGAGCUUACUCUGUCACUAUCUCGACCACAUUCAAUGGCUUUCAAAGAACCACAACACACCAUGUAAUCUCCAAGGAAGCCUGGAAAAUUCUGCAGAAGAUAAAGAAGGGAAACCAAUCUCCAGCUGAAGAACAAGUCCAAGUAGUGUGGAACUUUAAUUGUUAAAUGCCGGGUAUCCUUUUUCAUCAAAUUUUACCAAUAUUUAAAUGGUGAACUAUUCUGAAUUUUACAGCACAAUAUUAAUUUGCUCUGUCAUAUGCCCAUUAAGGUAUAGAUUAUAAGGUAUCAAUGUUUAGUUCACCAUGAACUGAUUUAUGUAAUUUCCCCACUUACAACUCCUCGCUUUUUGUGUUGAUUUAUUGCACAGGUGAGGAAAAAUAUUUGUUCUUCUAAAUAAUAUAGUAUUCUACCACCUUGUGGCCAUUUUUCAAGUUCAGUUUAUCAUCGAAAGUCAAAUCAGCUUAAGUGUAGUAGUAUAUAAUGAUCACUAAAUGGUAAAAGUAAUUGUAUUCGAAGGGAUUUAAUCACUAUUUGCUCUGUAACUGAAGUUUUGUAGUUAUCAUUUAUGUUUUUGAAUUAAAUCAAACAAUAUCAAUGCAAAAUAAAUAUGUGCUGAAAGAUGAAGGUAAUAAUGUCACUGACAUUUCUUCCAUUUGGCUAUUCCAUGCUAUGUAACUGAAUAUAUUGGUUGGAUAAAA